AUGCAUCCCCACGAGAAGCACCAGCCCUACGAGCUGGCUUUGGAUAAGCGAGAUGAUACUCGACGAUCUUCAGGCAUGCGAACACGGCUUUUGGCUUGUUUCCUGGCUGUGGCCGGCCUCAGCACGCUGUUCAGAUUGCCUCAUUACUGCUAUCAUGCUGUCUCAAGCACGAUUCCUCACAAGGCGCUCACCAUUGAGGGACGGGUCAAGGACAUCCUCUCCUUCACUCCGUUGAUCGACGGCCAUAACGACCUGCCCAUCUUGCUCCGGUACCUCUACGGCAACCACAUCAAUAAUGAAAGCUUCCAGGAAGCUUUUGAGGCCGGCAAGACGCCCGGUCACGUCGACUUGGUUCGGCUCCGAGAGGGCAUGAACGGUGGUGCCUUUUGGAGUGUUUAUUGGGGAUGCCCAAGCAACAUGACCGACUAUAGUGAUGAGAUUUAUGCUCCCAUUGUGCAGGCCACUAUCAAUCAGAUUGAUCUUGUGACACGACUGCAGGAGUUGUACCCAACUCAGUUCUCUCCCAAAGUGAACAGCACGACUGCCCUGGCCGCUUUCAAGAAGGGCCAGCUGAUCUCUCCACUCGGUGUAGAGGGUCUGCACCAGAUCGGUAACUCGGCCGCAAACUUGCGUCGUUUCUACGAGCUGGGCGUCCGUUACGCCACGCUGACACAUAACUGUGGAAAUAAGUACGCCGAUGCAGCACUGUGGUCUAACCCUACGCGAAAGGCCCCGUCAUACUGGGGAGGUGUCUCCGAAGACGGGAAACUCCUCAUCCACGAGAUGAACCGCAUGGGCAUGAUCGUGGACCUCAGUCACACCUCUGCCGAGACACAGCGUCAUGUGCUCGGCGGCGGCAAGGACGGCUGGGAAGGGAGCAAGGCUCCUGUCAUUUACAGCCACUCCUCGGCGUACAGCAUAUGCCCUCACCCGCGAAAUGUUCAUGAUGACGUGCUCCAGCUGGUCAAGGAGCGUAACAGCAUCGUAAUGGUCAACUUCUCCCCGGACUUUGUCUCCUGCGUCGAGAGCGAUAAUGAGAACGGCCUGCCGGAAUUUUACCCGCCCAACUCGACAUUGGCUCAUGUUGCAAAGCAUGUGAUUUACAUUGGAAACCUGAUCGGCUUCGACCAUGUUGGCUUCGGCAGCGAUUUUGAUGGCAUACCAAACACCCCACAGGGCUUGGACGAUGUUUCCAAGUAUCCAGACCUCGUGGCCGAGCUGCUAAGGCAGGGCGUCAGUGAUGAGGAUGCAACCAAAGUGGUCGGAGGUAACAUCCUGCGUGUCUGGAAAGCUAUCGAUGAUGUUGCGCUCGGGUUGCAGGCCAAAGGCGAACCAGCUUUGGAAGAUGAGCUGCCGGCGUUGAAGUUCGAAUCCACCUCGGAUUUCUUGGGAGCUCUAUAG